UGGUAUUUGAUAGAUCGUUAUUCUGCAAUUUAUUCUUUAAGUUAACAAACCACAAUAAAUAAUAAAAAUGGCUCCAAGUAAGAAGGCAAAACCAGAAAUGAGUGCUUUUGAGCGUCGGAGACUCGAAAACAUUGCGGCAAAUCAAGCAAUGUUAAAAGACCUUAGCACGACAGCACAGAAAAUUGUCCCAAAACCGCCACCGAAACCAAAAUCAACAACACCUGGAAGGAAAGCAGCUCGAGUCCAAAAAGUAGCCUUUAGGCCAACCCGUACAAGUUCACGUCUGGCUGGUAUCGAAGCCGAUAGCGAGACUGCGAGGCGUAAAGCGGAGGUCGAACAGGAAUUUGCAAAGGAGGUCGCGCAAGCCAAAAGCCAGCGAGUUGCUGGGGAUUUAAAUAUUAAUGACAUUGUUGUCGAAGGCAAGAAAUGGAGGCAGGAAAGCGGCUUUUUAUUUGGUGUCAUGCGUGGUGCUCAGCCAAAUCUGAGGACCUUUACCGAAAAUGAUAUUAAAGAGACAACAGACGAAGGAUUGAAGGCUUUGAGGGAGAAAAUGAGCGGAUUAGAACUAUAUGAAGCAUACGAGCCUAAUCGUAAGUCUUGAACUAUCCCCGGUGAAUGUUUCACUAAUUUCAAGCCCAGAAAUCAAAAUCACUCCUGAACGAAUAUACGCUCUAGGAUUUCAUCCAACGGUGGACAAGCCUCUAAUAUUUGCUGGAGAUAAACUAGGGAAUGUUGGACUGUUUGAUGCAUCACAAGGAGGUCCGGAAGUUAAGAUGGAAGACGAUGAAGAUGACCAAGAUACUGCAGAGCCCGCUAUCACUGCAUUCAAGAUACAUUCUAGAUCAAUUUCCUCUUUUGUAUUUGGUGCAGAAGGAAACACCCUUUAUUCAGCUUCAUACGAUUCUUCAGUUCGCAAACUUGAUCUACAGAAAGGAGUGGCUGUUGAGGCAUUCGUUCCAAAUUCUAUAGAUGAAGACAUACCUAUAUCUAGUAUCGCCAUACCGUCUACCGAUCCGAAUCUCUUAUGCUUUUCUACCCUCGAUGGCCGAUUUGGACGACAUGAUAUGCGAACUCCAUCCAACAGUGAAAUCUGGUACCUCUCGGACAAAAAGAUAGGUGGAUUUUCUUUACACCCAUUGCAUCCCCAUCUUGUGGCUACAGCAUCAUUAGAUAGGAUGUUAAAGAUCUGGGAUCUGCGGAAAAUAACAGGGGCAGGUGACUCCAGACAUCCAGUUUUACUUGGUGAGCAUGAGUCUAGGCUUUCGGUGUCUCAUGCUUCAUGGUCCCCUGCUGGUCAUGUGGCAACUUCUUCAUACGAUGACACUAUUAAGAUUCAUUCAUUUCUGGAUGCCGGCUCUUUCAAGACAGGACAUUCACUCGAUGAUGCUGCAAUGAAGCCGACAACUGUCAUUAAACACAACAACCAAACCGGUCGUUGGGUAACUAUCUUGAAACCCCAUUGGCAAGAGAAGCCAGAAGAUGGUAUUCAGAAAUUCGUGAUUGGAAAUAUGAAUCGAUUCUGCGAUGUUUAUUCGGCUGAUGGGGAACAGUUAGCACAAUUAGGGGGUGAUGGUCUUAUCACAGCUGUCCCAGCCGCUGCACAGUUUCAUCCUACGAAGGACUGGGUUGCAGGUGGGACGGCGGCGGGGAAAUUAUGCCUUUGGAUGUAAUGAAUUAUUGGAUUGGGAAUGUUUAGAUAUUGUUAGAUUAUUGUAUGAUACGAAUAUUUUGAGGCUCGACUCAUAUUUCAGACUUGAUUCUCAUCUACGAGUCAAGUAUACCUAGGUAGAUGUAGCUUUGGAUAGUCGGCUUUGUAAAACAGCCGAUUGCUGUAAGUCGGGGAAAGCGAAUGCCUCCGGAAAGCGAAUUAUCCCUUUACCGAUUUUGGUGUAAAAGAUAUUAAAUAUAUUAAAAUCUUGCAAUCAUUAUUUUUAACCUAUAA